AAGGUGCCAGAUCGAAGGUGGUGAUCAUACUGAACUAGCUAUAAGUCCGAGGUCUGUCCCACAUCUUUUUGGCUGGUUUAUCCCACUUUUCUUUGCUCCCCAACUUGCUUCAAUCUUUUUGAGGUGUCAAUGGCGGACGAGGUAGUUCUGCUGGAUUUCUGUCCCAGCAUGUUUGGGAUGAGGGUCAGGGUCGCGCUGGCUGAGAAGGGGAUCAAGUACGAGUACAAGGAGGAGGACUUGAGGAACAAGAGCGAUCUGCUUCUCAAGAUGAACCCGGUUCACAAGAAGAUCCCGGUUCUCAUCCACAACGGGAAACCGGUCUGUGACUCCCUCAUCAUCGUUCAGUACAUAGACGAGGUCUGGAACGACAAGUGUCCGUUGCUGCCCUCCGAUCCUCACGAAAGAGCACACGCCAGGUUCUGGGCUGAUUUUGUUGAUCAGAAGGUGUAUGGUGUCGGAAGGAAGUUAUUGGCCACAAAAGGAGAAGAGCUGGAGGCAGCAAAGAAGGAUUUCUUGGAAAUAUUCAAGACAUUGGAGAGAGAGCUUGGCGACAAGCCUUACUUUGGGGGUGAAAUGUUUGGGUUUGUCGACAUUGCUCUCAUCACUUUCUACAGCUUCUAUGUCUUUGAGACUUUUGGCAAAUUCAGCAUAGAGGCAGAGUGUCCCGAGAUUAUUUUAUGGAAUAAGAGGUGUAUGUUGAAGGAGAGUGUCGCCAAGACUCUUCCUAACCAGAAGCAGACUUAUGAGUUUUCCUUGGAAAGGUUUGGACUAGAGUAAUGGAAUAAGAAAGACACUUUGUUGGGUCGAUCUGCUAAAUGUCAGAUGAAAAUGAAAUGAAAUUGAGUCUUUCUAGGAGAGGAAUGAUAUAUAUACAUCUGUCUUCUUUUCUUUUUGAA